AUGUGGAGGCGAGCUAGAACAUCUCUUCGUCAUUUAAGCAAACACUAUAAAAACUCAGAUGGAGAAACGAAAACAUUCAGCAAAGAUAAUGAACGAAAUAAUGCAAUAUCAGGCAAAAUAGAUUCUAGUCGCAAAAAGGAUGCUGGAAAUUCUGUACCGUUCGCAUCCAGUUUAUCUGCUUCGAAUCAUCUUUCAUAUCUCUCGUCUAUACUUUCUUCGCUCUGGCCUUCAGAAGGAACAAAAGAAUCAGAAAAGAUUAAAGUGAAGUCUGGACGUAUAAAAGCAACUUAUUUAACGAAAUCAGCACUGUUUGACAAAACAAAAUUACUUGUUUCUGAUUUACUUUCCACAGAAGCAGAUAGGUCUGUCAUGUUAAGGACACAGGAGCUCUGUAAGCACUGUAUGGAAUAUCCUGAUUCUCGUGCAGUUGUUUUUCAGUUCUAUAAGUCAGUUGUCAGAAAAUUGAAACAUCAUUUGCAAAAUACUAAUGACAACAUACUGAAAGAGCAAAUUCGGCAAUUUUCGUCUCUUAUGGGGGAUAUCAGUACACCACAGUCUGCUGGCAUUCGAGUACUAUCACUUGAUGGUGGUGGUACACGAGGUAUGUUGAGCCUUGAUGUAUUACAGGCACUGGAAAACAAAUUGAAAGGACUAAAGGUUGUUGAGGCGUUUGAUCUUAUUGUAGGCGUGAGUACAGGAGCUAUUAUUGGAGCAUUACUCACUGCUAAGAGGCUAUCAAUUGAAAAAUGCAAAGAAGUAUAUAUUGAUAUUUCUCGAGAACUUUUCCAUCAGGACAAAUUUUCGGGAAUGAGUGGUUUACUUCUUUCACAUGCUUACUAUAACACCGAAAAGUGGAAGCAAAUACUAAAAAAUGUAAUUGGCGAACAAACUUUGUUGGAAAUUUGUGGAAGUCGGGAAAAGCCUAGGCUUAGCAUUAUUUCGUGCACAGUGAACACGCCUACGUUACAAUCAUAUAUUUUUCGCACCUAUGGAUUGCCUUAUGGAAGUGAGAGCCACUACCAUGGAGGGUGUAAUUACAAACUUUGGGAAGCUCUGCAAGCUUCUUCCGCCGCACCUGGAUACUUCCAAGAGGUAUCUCUGGGACCUUUACUUUUUCAAGACGGUGGCGUACUCUGUAAUAAUCCUACAGCUUUAGCUUUUCAUGAAGCUCGUAUGCUCUGGCCUCAAGAACGUAUUCAGUGCGUGGUAUCCAUAGGCUGUGGUCACGCAGUUUCAGAAGCUGAAAAUGUAGAAAAGUUAUCAACGCGACUGCGAGAAAAAAUCAUAAGGAUCAUUGAUUCAGCAACCGAUACAGAACUCGUCGACCUAUGUAUGCGUGACACUUUACCAAAAGGAUCGUACUCACGUUUUAAUCCACAUAUAAGCUACCCUUAUUCGCUAGAUGAAACUGAUCCUAAGAGAAUAACCCAAAUGGGCCAGGAUGCGCAAUUGUAUAUUUCCCGAAACCAGGCUAAAUUUGAGGCUGUUGCAAAGCUCCUUAUGGCUACGCCUACGCGUAGACAGCGUUUCCUACGAAAUUGGAGAAAGACAGUGUCAAGAACUAGUAUAUGGUAG